AUGUAUAAUCUUCUGAGGAAUGCGGGCAUUCAGACAACACUGAUCCUGGAUUCAGCUAUAGGGUACAUAAUGGAAUCAGUUGACAUGGUGUUGAUUGGUGCCGAGGGUGUAAUGGAAACGGGUGGCGUUAUAAACAAGAUCGGUACCCUCUGUAUGGCAGUAUGUGCAAAAUCAAUAAACAAACCCGUUUACGUGAUGGCUGAAAGUAUCAAAUUUGUUAAAGAAUAUCCACUGAAUCAAAGCGAUAUUCCAGUUGAAUUCAAGUACGCCGCAUCAAUUCGUCGGCCAGAACAAAAUGAAAAUAUCGGAGAGGAAAAUGAAAAUAAGACUGCAAGUCGUUUGUUAGAUGAACAUCCUCGUGUUGACUACACACCACCUCAGUACAUCAAUUUGUUAUUCACUGAUUUGGGAAUUUUAACGCCGGCCGCUGUUGGUGAUGAACUUAUUAAAUUGUAUACUUGA